GGGAUGAGCUGGAGGGGGGAAAGGGGGAAAACACUGUCUAUAACCUAUUUAUUAUUUGAAUGAAAAGGGGCAGAAUGAUGCAUGAAUGGAGGGAUGGGGAAGCUGAGAAAAGUUUAGCGAGUGCAAGAAAUAUGGCAUAAAGCAGAGAUGCCCAGCGAAGUAGGAAGCUCAGGGAAGCAAUGCUUCCCUUUAGAAGUGGGCAGAGCUUGCCAUGCAAAAAAAAACUGGCGAGGGGAAGAAAAAAUGGGGCAGUGGUGGAGGGUAACACCCAAAGCGCGGCCUCUGUCCCCGGACCUUCCUUCCGUGUGCCCGCCUCUCACCGUCCCUCUGAGGCAGGUCCUAGCUUGCCCGCCUGCACCCUCGCCCGGCGCCACCGACUUCCAGCUUCUAUUUGCAACCUGCGGGGCUGCUGACGGCAGCGUCCCCGUUGCCCAGGAUACGAGGGAACAUCGCUUAAGUCCCCGAGGCUGCUCAGCGGAGCAACGGACCAAGAAUCAAAAGAAGGCGCGAGCAACUGCCCAGCAUCGAUCUCAAGAAGAAUAUGGCAAUGUGCCUCAUUCCUUUGUCUUUCAUCGUGGUCGUAUUGGCAAGAAUAUACAGCAACUCAUCCAGGAUGUUCGGCGAGUAAUGGAGCCCUAUACUGCUACCAGCCUCAAGGCGCAGAAGAAGAAUUCGUUGAAAGAUUUUGUGACAAUAGCUGGACCUCUGGGUGUGACUCAUUUCUUGGUCUUCACAAAAAACACCACCAGUAUCAACUUUAGACUCCUGCGCCUCCCUGGUGGACCAACACUGACCUUCAGAGUCAUUCAGUAUUCACUCAUCAAAGAUGUUGUGUCAUCUCUGAAGCGGCAUCGGAUGCAUGAACAACAGUUUACCCAUCCUCCUCUCCUAGUGCUGAACAACUUUGGCACUGAGGGCAUGCACAUCAAGGUCAUGGCCACUAUGUUCCAGAACAUGUUUCCCUCCAUCAAUGUUCACAAAGUCAGUUUAAAUACCAUCAAACGCUGUGUCCUGGUCAACUACAAUCCUGACACCCAGACAAUGGAAUUCCGUCACUACAGCCUGAAAGUAGUGCCGGUGGGCAUGAGCAAAGGGCUGAAGAAGCUCCUGCAAGAGAGAUUUCCUAACAUGAACCGCCUGGAUGACAUCAGUGAAUUGUUGGUCAGAGACAUCAAUCUCUCUGAGAGCGAAGCUGAGCAAGAUGGCAGUCACAAUAUCACGGAGCUGCCUCAGGCCUGCGCCGGUCGUGGGAACAUGAAGGCCCAGCAGAGUGCAGUCCGACUCACUGAGAUUGGCCCUCGGAUGACCUUGCAGCUCAUCAAGGUGGAAGAAGGACUAGGUCAAGGCAAUGUACUCUACCAUAGCUUCAUUCACAAGACUGAAGAAGAGAUCCAAGAAGCCCUGGUCAGAAAAGAAGAAAAACUGCAGCUCAAGGCUCAACGGCGCCAGAAGCAAGAGGCAGAUGUGGCCCACAAAAAAACACUAAAGCAAGCUCAUCGGAAGAAGAGUCUGGCAGGGAUGAAGAGGAAGACGGAGCAAGCGGUCGGGGGAGACAGUGAUGCUGAGGACCCUGGAAUGCAGGAGCAGCAAAAUGUAGACGAGCCCUCUGACGACGAUGUGGAAUAUUACCGCCAGGAAGUUGGGGAGGAGCCAGAUGAAGAUCUGUUCCCACAAAGCACAAAGAGGAAACGAAGGCUCAGCCAAUCUACCACACCCAAGAAAAAAUGCAAAUACAUGCAUUCAGUGCAAGGUCAGAGUCAAGAGCGUAUGGGGGCUAAAACAACAAUGAAACACAAGAAGGCUUCACGGCCUGGUCAGCAGAGGCAGCCACAGAGAGACACUCCUCAACACCGACAGGGGAAGAAGUUGAGCCAGCAGCAGAGGAAUACAAGGCAGCACAGGAGGCCACAGAAUGUAAAGGAGAAGCAACCCCAGGCUGCAAGACAGCCAAGAGGCAAAAGACAGACUGGCAGUAGGCCUCUGGGAUCACAAAGGCAGGGAAAAUCUAGACUGGGGCAGAAGCAGGCCUUCAAAGGCAAAAGCACUUUCCGAAAAGCAGGGCAUUCAAGGAAGCAAAAGUCAGCAUAACGUUCUGAGCCUCUUGCAUAGUCUUUGUGAUGUGCUGAUGGUUUUAUAAAAUAUAUAUUGACUUCCAAAA